AUGGAGGCCCAGUCGCGGAGGGAAGCAGCGGAGUGGAAGAGAAUGGGGGAGAGGGAAAAGGAAGCAGGCAGUGGUGGGGAGGGAGGAGAGGCGGCGGGGGGUGAUGAAGGCGGGUUAGAGACCUAUCCCCCGCUGACUCAUCUUCAGAGACAGCUGUCCAGAGCGCUGACCACUUUCAUGGCGGGCGGUGGAGGGAUUCUGGAGCAUCCAGAGAGACACGGGGAGGAGGGGGCAGCAGGGAGCGACCGGGAGCAUUCCGGGCAGGACGAAACAGUGUCGCCUUUUGAGAGACGUUUCGUUGAGCUCAGGGCACUGGAGCUGCUGAGCUGGCUGGUGCCUGUGUACUUCUCUGAGGCGCCUCAGAGGCUUCUCCUCCAUGCACGACCCAUCUCACCCACCUCUGCAUUCCGUUACGCCCUUCUGCACCCUUCUGCACCGUUCUACACACUGCUUUCACACAGGGACUUCAGCAUUGCACUCAGCUGUGGCAUCUUCAUCUCUGCGUUCACCAAGUCGUCUCGAUUCCACAUCAUACGCACCCUUCUGCACCAUCUCACUCCCCUCUGCACCGUUCUCCACACCCUUUCACUCUGCUCCGCAUGCUGGCAAGGGCAUCAACAACGCCGUCACCUCCCCCCCUUCCAGUCCAUCUCUGCAUUCGCCAACAUCACACUCUGCACCCUUUUACACCACCUCACAACCUACUCCACCGCUCUGCACCCUUCCCGCUCCCCGUGUUCCCCAGGCAAGGGCAUCAACGUCGUCUUCAACUCGGCCUUCCAGUCCGCUUCUGCAUUCUCCAACUCGGGAAUCACCUUGUUGGAUGCGAACCUCAUUCCCUUUCAGCGCAACAUCCCGUACCUGCUGGUGGUGGGCGUGCUGAUUCUCGUCGGCAAUACCAUGUAUGCCCCCUCGUUGAGAGGUGUGCUGGCACUGCUGCACUGCACCAGCAGGAAGGACAGCAGCCAAUGGCACAUAACCAAGUACCUGUUGGACCAUCCGCGCAAGUGCUACACGCAGCUCUUCCCACACAAGCAGACGCUCUGGCUGCUGCUCACAAUCGUCGCCUUCACAUCCAUCCAAGCCUUCUUCCUCAUGCUACUCGACUGGAACUCACAGGCCUUUGAAGGGCUCGGAGGCACGUGGUCAGUACUCUCUAAGCUAAUAGUCAUCCUCGUGAUGCUGCUCGGGCGGCACAGAGGGCUGCCAGACAACAUUGAUGCCGCCAUCUGCAUUCCGCCGCCCAAGCAGUUCCAGCGCCAGCCUGGCCGACCAAUCAAAGAGGAUCCAGCUGUGCUGCUUACGCGGGCGCUCACGAUGACCAAGUCUCAGCCCAGCUCUCUCAUUCGCCGCAUCUCCUC